AUGACGGAAUUAACGCGAGACGAGCGGGAGAUAUUUCACAGCGCGACGCAUUGCCACAUUUGCAAAAAACCGUUCGAGCCAGACGACGUGCGAGUACGCGAUCAUUGUCAUCUGACCGGUCGUUAUAGAGUUCCCGCGCAUUCCAACUGUAAUCUAAAUUACACAGAUUCGCAUUACAUUCCAAUAAUUUUUCAUAAUUUAUCGGGUUACAACGCGCAUUUUAUUAUCAAGGAAAUAGCUACAGCGUACGAAGGACACGUAGACUUACUUCCAAUCACGAAAGAAAAAUACAUUUCGUUCACGAAACACGUUAAAGAUACCGCAGAAAAAUCAGGUUCGCGAAGCGACAUAAAAUUACGGUUUAUCGAUUUGUAUAAAUUUUUGAGUAGCAGCCUCGAUAAAUUAGCAUCUUUUCUAUGCAGAGAUAAGUUAAAAAUUGUACGUUCUCAAUUUUUACAAUUAUCGACCGAGGAUUUUGAUCUUUUGACGCGAAAAGGCGUAUUUCCGUACGAAUACGUGGAUUGUGUGGACAAGCUGGAGGACACGUGUUUACCAUCGCGCGAAUCGUUUUACAGUUCCUUGACCGGUGACACCGUAUCCGAGAGCGAUUACGAGCACGCCGCUAACGUCUGGCGACGGUUCUCCGUUCGAACCUUGGGCGAAUACAGCGAUCUGUAUCUAAAGACCGAUGUCUUGUUAUUGGCUGACGUUUUUGAAAAUUUCCGCGACAGUUGUAUAGCGAGUUACGGACUCGAUCCCGCGUACUACUAUACUUUGCCAGGUUUCACAUGGGACGCCAUGUUGAAGCAUACUCGCGUAAAUUUCGAACUGCUCACCGACAUUGACAUGGUUAUGUUCAUCGAACGCGGUAUACGCGGUGGUCUGAGUCAAUGUUCCGGCAGAUACGCGCGGGCCAACAACAAGUACAUGCAGUCGUACGAUUCAUCGAAACCGUCGUUGUAUUUGAUGUACUUCGAUGUAAACAACUUGUACGGCUGGGCGAUGUGUGAGCCACUGCCCUACGCGGAGUUUCGAUGGGUCGAAGACGUUUCGAAUUUCGACUUUAGCGCGAUCGCUUCGGAUUCGCCCACGGGUUAUAUUCUUGAGGUCGAUCUAGAGUAUCCGCAGAAUAUACACGACGCGCACGCUGACCUACCGUUCUGUCCGACGCGCGACAAACCGCCCGGCAAACGACAGGACAAACUUCUUGACACGCUGUACGAUAAGAAGCGUUACGUCAUCCAUUAUCGCAACCUACAGCAGUGCACGCGACACGGCAUUCGGGUCACAAAGAUACAUCGCGUAUUGCAAUUCACUCAAUCUACGUGGCUCCGCACUUACAUCGAGCUCAAUACGAAAUUUAGAACACUGGCCAAGAACGAGUUUGAGAAAAAUUUAUAUAAAUUGAUGAACAACGCGAUUUUCGGGAAAACGAUGGAAAAUGUUCGCAAUCACGUCGAUGUAAAAUUGCUGACAAAGUGGAAAGGUAGAUGCAACGCGGAGGCACUGAUCUCGAAACCAAAUUUUCAUAGCAGGAGCGUGUUUUCGGAAAAUCUGAUAGCCGUUGAACUGCGAAAACUCGAGGUUAAAUUUGACAAACCUAUUUACGUCGGCAUGUGCAUUCUCGACAUAUCGAAAGUCUGUUUGUACGAAUUUCAUCACGAGUACAUGUCUCUCCUGUAUGGUGACAUGUGUAGAAUUAUGUACACCGAUACGGACAGCCUUAUAUACCACAUCGAGUGCGAGGAUGUGUACGAGAACGUGAAACGCGAUAUCGUUAGAUUCGACACGAGCGAUUACGCGAUCGACAACGCGUACGGUAUAACGCUCGAGAACAAAAAAGUGUUGGGCUUGAUGAAGGACGAGAAUAACGGUGCGAUCAUGACCGAAUUCGUUGGACUCAGGGCGAAGAUGUACGCGUUGUCGAUCGCGUAA